GGGAGGGAGGGCUUCACUGAGGAUGUGUAUGUUAACCCUUUCCCGGGUGGGGGGGUGUGUGGGGGGUGUUACAGGUCGGCCUGUGGUUGGGGAAUGGAGGUCUCAGACGGUUACCAGACGCCUGGGGAGCGGCAGCAGCAGCAAUGGAUGGACCAAGCCUUCAGCAUGGCUGAAGAGGCUCUGGAGAAGGGGGAGGUGCCGGUGGGCUGUCUGAUGGUUCACAACAACGAGAUCCUGGGCCGAGGGAGGAACCAAGUAAAUGAGACCAAAAACGCCACCCGACACGCGGAGCUGGUCGCGGUGGACGAGGUGUUGGAGUGGUGCGCUCGCAACAACCGCCAGCGGAGCCCAGUGCUGGCGAGCACUGCCCUGUACGUCACCGUGGAGCCGUGUGUCAUGUGUGCUGCCGCCCUGAGACUCCUGAAUAUUCCUCUGGUUGUUUACGGCUGUCGGAAUGAACGGUUCGGAGGAUGUGGGUCAGUCCUUAACAUCCCCACGGAAAAUUUAGAGGACACUGGGACACCUUUCCAGUGUGUCGGUGGCUACAGAGCUGAGGAGGCCGUGGAGCUGCUCAAGACCUUUUACAAAGCCGAGAAUCCCAACGCUCCGAAAUCAAAAGUGCGGAAGAAGGAAUAAAAAUCCCUGAUGUCACGGUUUUUCUGCCUUCGAGCUGAAGAAAAGGGAGUGAGAGGGGUGACCAGCCUGGCAUUCCUGAGCGGACAGGAGGGGAGAGGAGAGGACAGCCAGUGGAGACGUUCAGCAUGUCUACCGGAUGCCCCAGAGGAUUAAUAUGGUAACAGCGAUGGUUUGACUCAUUCACCUGUGCUCUCGUCUCUGAGUCAGAAG